AUGAGCAGCGGGCGAUGCUACCGGCGGAAGAUGAUGGGGAGGGGGGCGGAGGGGGGGUGCGGGACAGAAGAGAAGCCCUGCCCCGUGUCGAGGGCGUCCUCGAAUGCCGCGGCGAGCACGGCCACCAGGGUGGGAGGAGUCAACGUCUACGUGCAGGCUAGGAAAGCGCUCUGCGAGCACUCUCCCUUCGACGAACCGGAGGAGCUCGCAAGGGUUUCGACGUUGCCGGUCGGAUUGGCGACGUCCCUGUUCAAGAGCUCGGAUGGCCGCAGGAAGCACAAGAAGUUGCAUUCGGAUUCCGUCAAGAAGGUCCCCUCAGCGCAGCAGGCGCCGGAGGUGUGGAGCCUGUGGACUGAAACUGAGGAAUACUUCCGGCCUAUCACCUUGGCCGAUGUUGACAAGUUGGCGGUUAAUUGGCAGUUUGGUGGGUCCUCUCCGCAUAGUUGCUUCACCAUGCCGAUUUCUCGGAGUUUGCCAAAGCAGGAGCUCCAAAGAGCAAUAAUCGCUCCUGCACCUGUGUGUGCUGCUAAUGGUACAGAGACGGCGGCCGUGGUGAGGGAAAAAUUGGAUGCCGACUAUCAAGAAGAGCCCCAGCGGGUGCAAGAAACUAUGGUCAACAUGGUCAAGAUUGAAAGUACCGCUGGUGGCGUGUCAGCAGAGAAAGAUGGGGAUUUGGGGGUUGAUACUUCCAUUAAUUGGAUCUUGGGUUCCAAACAUAGGACACUCCUUGGUUCAGAGGGGCGCCCUAACAAGAAACGGAAACUUAUUGGCGGUGAUUCAGGGCUAAGAAGAUUGCUGCUACUUCCAAAUGCACAGGCAGAAGACCUGAGAAUCUGUGAUUACUGUUGUUUAGGGGACAAUAGUGAUGGACUGAAUAGACUACUACAGUGCAAUUCCUGUAAGGUUUCGGUGCACAUGAAGUGCUAUGGUGUGCUGGAUGCUCCUCAGGGUACAUGGUUAUGCUCAUGGUGCAGACAAUCCGAGGCAACAAAUAAUGAGAACAAGGAUGGUGACGGGCCUUGCUUGCUUUGUCCAAAGAGGGGCGGUGCUCUAAAAAUGGUGGGGACAAACAUAGAUCAGAGUGGGCGUACCUUGAAAUUUGCACACCUAUUCUGCAGUCUUUGGAUGCCUGAGGUUAGUAUUGGUAAUAUUGAGACAAUGGAACCAAUUAUGAAUACAGAAGGAGUUCACGAGACAAGGAAAAGACUGAUAUGCAGUAUAUGUAAGGUGAAGCAGGGUGCCUGCAUACGGUGUAGCCAUGGUAUGGCUUUCUGCCUGUAUAUGUUUGGUGCUUGAUAGAAGUUGAUGUAAAAAAUUAUAGUCGCUUACAUUAAUUCUUCGUCUGUAUUCUAAAAUAUCUUAGUAUAUAGCAUGGCAUAAUGUCUCUUUUUCUGUUUGUUUGUUUAACAAGGUAUGUUGCUAUAAGGGGUUUAGUAUUCUCACCCUGGGUUUUAGUUCUGUCUAAUGGUCACGAAUAUUGCUAUUUUGAUAUGGAAGCUAUUUAUAUUCCUAUCGUGAGAGAUACCUUUAGAUAAUAUACCCAUAGAGAACGGGAAUUGCUUUGGAAGUUAUCAUUAUAUACCCCGGGAAACUGGUGCUUCUACGUUGGAGAAAUGGGUAUUCAGGUUAUUUGAACCUAUUUGUUAAGCGGGAGAACUGAAGUAAAUUUAUGAAAAAUAGAGAUAAACCAAUUUUGAAUCAGGAAGUGGUGGAAAAUUCUUAAUGACAGUCUCUGAAUUAGGCGAAAAGAAAAGAUAGCUUUUACUUUGUUGACUUCAAACUUAAGUAAUUCCAACGUUUUACCUAGUAGGGAGCCGUCAAAUUACAACAUUUUUGGCUUUGUAAUUUAUUUAUUCUCUCUUUUUAUUAUUAUAGAAUGUUGAAAAUUUAAACGUGACUGCAGUUGUGGUACCGAAAAGAAACUUCUGUUAAGAAAUGAUAGUCCUGUGUGGAACAUGUUGGCAAUGAUAGUAAGAGGCGAAAGUGGAGUGAAAAAAAUCGGCUGCUCGGAUAACAUAAAAUUUGGCCUCAGAGAAUAAAAUAUAAAUUUUGGCAAUGAAAGUUCGUGCUUCACAUUUUAUCUAAGAUUCCUAGCUAUUGUCUUCUUUCUGCUGUCAGAAACGGUAGAUGCGGAUGUGAUUAAGGCGGAGAAUAGAGUGAGUCAACAGUAAUAGAAAUGAACAAAGGAGAAGAAAAAGUUCUUCUUAUUUUCCUCCUAUUUGUCAUGAUGUUCUAUUCCUGGAAGAUUGAUCUUCUACAUCUACCUCCUACUUUUGAUCUGAAAAGUCGCAUUAUUGGUCAAAGGCUAGGUUUAUAAUAAUCGAGGCCCAGAUCAGUAUGAUCGUCUGUUUGCUUUGGGCCAAUGACAGGUUUCCAGCAUUUCCCCUUUUUCGUUUGUAGGGAGUCCAAUGUUCCAUUGAUAUUUUUGAUUUGAAGAGUGAUAUGUGGUUUUACGAUUUGUUAAAAUUCCUUUUCUGAAGAGUGUGUGAGUCAAAAAUAUUCGUUUGAUUAAUCUAAAAAUUUUCUAGGUGUCCGUUCUCUUGGUUUUGUCUUCAGUUGAGUUGUUAUUGGAGUGUUUAUGUGGAUUUGGUGAAGUCCAAUGAAUCAUUGAAUUUCAUAUUCAGUAAUGUCUUUUUUAACGCUAAUGUUCCGUUUCGUCACUUUUUAGCCCACUCUAAUGGCGUUAGAUACGGAGUAGGGUUUAAAUUAUAUUACGAAGAGUUCAUUAUUCUUGCCAUCCAUGCUACAAAACUCUCCAUCAUGGGAAAGGUGGACGCAGACAUUUUUUAUCCUUUGUUUUAAGACGAUUUUCCUCUUUCUAUGUUAUUAUUUUUCCUUCAAAUCCCUCCCAUAAUGGGAGAUGUUCGUCAAGAUUUUUCAAUUGUUCAAAGCAAGUGUGUUUUCUUGGAGCCCAAAAAGAUGUUAUUGAUUGUGCCUUGUGGCAUGCGGGAUCAUUAAUUUGUUGGCGUCAGAUUGUUUAUAGUGUCGUGCAUUUCCAAGUUGGUAAUCAUUAAAAAGAAACUAUUGCUAUUUUCAAUUGUUGAAAACUAUUUAUCAGUUUCAAUCAGCAUUUGGCAUGUUUGGACUGGAGGGAGAGUCUAUUACAUGCUAUUUUCUAUUCUAUCUAGAGGAACAUAAAUUAUUGCAAGUUCGGGUAUAAAUAGAAAAUGUACGAUAAAUUAUCUGCGUGGUUUUAUUGUAUGGGUCUAAAUAUUCUAGCUCAGUGAAAAUGGGAGAUAUCAUUUGAGCUCGCCUGGUGAACUUUGUCAAGCACAGCAAUAACUUGUGCCUAUAGGCUAGAUCUGUCUUUUUUUCCAGGUUGUGAUUGUAUUUACUGAUGUUAUUUUGUCUACUUUGAUACGAGCAGCUUGAUUUUCUUGCAUGAUUCAGCUUUUUCAUAUGGCGGUAAAUGAUACAGUUACAUUAGUAUGCCAAUGUAUUUUUAGUUUAGGGGUAUUGCGACUUUUUUCUCAUUUUAUCAUGUACCUUUCAUGAUGCCAAUAGUUUCUUUAUGCUUUCAGGAGCAUGUCGAACAUCUUUCCAUCCAGUCUGUGCAAGGGAUGCAAAACUACGGAUGGAAAUUUGGGGAAAGGGUUGUGAUGAUGUAAGCUCUUUCUUCCAAUACUCACCUCUUCAUCUUUCACCAAUGGAGGUUGUCCAUCAGUUUAAGUUGAACUUGGCCUUAUAUGCAGGUUGAAUUGCUUGUUUUUUGUGCGAGGCACUCCAGUCUUCAUGAUGGUUUUGCUGUUCAAAAUUCUGAAAAUUUAUCUGGAACUGAUCUCGAUUGUUCUUUGGCGUCCAAUUUGUUGUCUGUGCCUUCAAUGAACAAAGUCCAAAAGAUAAGAAUCACUUGCAAAGACAGAGACAAAAGUUCAGGACGAGAAAAUUCAAGUUUUCAAUCAGUGACCGAUAAUGAGGUUGCUUCAGAGCAGGACUCGACAAUCAGAGUUAAAUCCAACAGUAGCAAUUCCUCGUUAAGUGAGAUGACAUUAACUAAUGAACAGUCUUGUGAUAUGGAUAAUGGGUCAUCAGAUAUCAAUGAUCUUGUGAUGAUUCUCAAGAAGGUAAUCUUGAAAGGCUCCCUUUCAUUUUCAUACUUUUUACUAGUAAACGGCAGCAUAAAAGUGAAUGUCUCAAUGAGUUGUUUUUUUCCCUUGCAAUAUAUUUUUAUUUUAUUGGCAGUUGUCAGAUCGAGGGAAAAUAAGAGUGGCUGAUGUUGCCUUGGAGAUGGGAAUUCCAUUUGAUUCACUGGACUCAGUUCUAGCGGUAGAUGCUUAUGUAUCACUUUUUGUCUGUUCUGACCUUUAUUAAGAUGUUUAUUUCUCAAUUUUUUUAUUCUUUAUCUGCAGGGUCAAACUUCUUCUAUUUCAUCUGAAUUGAAGUUGAAAGUAGUUAGAUGGUUUCAAGAUUAUGUUCACUUGGGUGGCCCCUUGAGACAUUUGAACUCUGCUAAUGGAGGCAGAUUGUCAUCAAGUGCAACAGAAGAAAGGGAUUGUGGACCAGAAACUGCAAAAGUUGGGGACUCUGGGGCACUUGGUUCUGUACUUGUUAAGUCGCUACCAUCACGAAGAAGGACAAAAAGUGACGUUAGGGUUCUGAACGAUAAUAAAGUAGUAUGCCCCACUGGGGAUACAUUUAUCAAUGAAAGUUGUAAUGUCAAAAUGUUCAAUGCCGCUACUAGCAUUGACAAGGAAGAUGCAGGAGAUGCUGCCUACUGUGCACCUCCUUUUCAUGAAACGGAUUAUUCCAGUAAAGUGAGAGAGAUUUUGAAAAAGGUUGUUUUCUCAUUUAAUGCCUUCAUUUGCUAUUUUCAUGAAUAUUUAAAGAUAUUAAAUGUCUUCUAAGGAUUUUCUUUUCAAACUGGAAUACUUUCGACUUCUGAUGGUGAAUGAUAAUAAUGACAUUGUAAUUUAUGUUGGGUUUAUUCGAACUUAUUCAUCAUAGUUAUUAGUUCAUUAUUACGGAAAAAUAAUCUUCAAUAUUAUGUGUCCUUGCAUUUUUUUAAAUUGUUUUCUUUGUUUACUAUUUUCAUCAAAUCACUUUAAAUGUAUUGUUGUCUCCGCCUCUGUGACAUUUGUGACUGUGUAAUAAGCAUCAAGAGGGAUUAAUCUGAUCUAAUCAGAAUCAGAAAUCAUAUCAGGCUAAUUGGUCUAUGUAAGGGACGGGAAAGCAAGGUUCAAGAAAUGAAAACUGUUAGAUUUUGAAGCUCUUAUGUCAUAUAUGUUAUAUUUAUUGAAACAGUUCGGGUUCUUUUAGCUGUAGAACAUAAAGAGCUGUUGGUGCCAUCUCAUUCCUUUAUUUCUUCAUAUUGGUUGGCAAUGUACGACAAUCUUUUCUUCAUUAAUUUUCUCUACAGAUAAGUUCUUAAAAGGCUUGGGUUUCUCCUGUGUAUCAUUUAUGGGCGUUUGGCUUAUAACGUUUUAAACUUCCCUAACUUUGCAGUGUUUAUGAUUAACGUUUCUUGAAAAAAAUUAAUUUGGUCGAAUCGAUAUUUCCUUCCAAGGGGUGAAGCUUAACGUCUUCAUCAUUAACAUAGUCAUUUGUAAGCUAAACUUUUCAGUUAUUCUUCGUUUUGCACAUGGAGAAUAUAUUUAUCUGUUAAUCUUUGUUCUUCAGAUGGAAGAGGGAGCUUCUUGGUGUUCAGAAGUCAAUUCUUCGGUUCAGCAGCCUCAACAAUCCAAUGGUAAUCUUUGCUCGUUUUUUCUUUACUAAGGAACUCGUUCUAUCAUUUGAAUCAGUAAAGAUUCCAAGCUUCUGAGAGCACGUCCAAGUCGUCCUUACUUAACAAGAAGCAUGCAAAUCACUGUUGAUACCUGAGAUCCGGUCUCUUGGUUUAUGACUAUAAAAAUCCUAACCUUGUUGCAGUCAAAACAUGACAUAUAAUCUCGACUUUCUGCUUGGUGCUUUCUGUUUAUCCUUCAUGCAUUAUAAAUAGUUCGGAGUUGAUGUGGAACUUUAAUACUUCUUUAUUCUGUUUUUAACAAAGCAAGUCUCUCAGUAAGGUAGCCAUUAUUAUGGCACUAGCUGUGGUUCAUUUGAUUUAGAAGUCAACAUGCUUCGUUGGGCUCUUAUCAUUUGGAAUUGAUGUCUUGGUUUUAGUGUUUUUUGUUUUUGUCAUCUGUCUUUAGUACUCGGUGUUGACUUACAAAUCAGCUGAUAUUAUUUUGGAAUAAAAACCUGCUCGUUGUGCAUAUUAAAGUGGUAAGUGCUUCAUAUGUUUAAUGCAUAUAUUUACUUCUCAUAUUAUGUCAUAGAGCAAUGCCAUAGUUUUAUCUUUGGGAUUCAGUUUGUUUUUGAACGAGGCCUCCUUAUCAGAACUUAAGCCUACAAGUAGAAUCCCAAGGAUGACAAGUUUCUGCAAUCUGAUGGUUCAUCGACUAAAUAUUAAUACGCAUACCUACCUUAGUGUUGUGUGAACUUUAAGGUUCGCACUAAAAUGUUUUCCAUACCUUCGUCAGAUAAUGUGCAAUAAUAAUGCUGUUAAAUUUUUCUCUGAUUGAAUCGUUCAUUUUUCCGUAUCACCUUGAUCUCUUGAUUCAUUUGCUAUGUAGGAAAUCUUCUGUUGCCGCAGUGCCAAGAUUCACAAGUGUGUCAUCAGCAGCAUCCUAUUGUCCAAGAAAUGCCAUCUUUUUGUUCUGGUGUUAAUCAGGAUGCGAAGCUUUGUAGUAUUGCGCAAAAUUCAGGCGAUGCAAGCACACAGGAGCAAUCAGAAUGCGAGGUUCCUACAGUUACUGCUGGUGCUUUUGCCCCAAAGUGAGAUUUUCAGAAAUUGCUUAUUAUUUAUCUAUUUCACCUCAUUUUAUUGGUUUUGACAUGUGUGGCGGCUUGAAUUUUUUCAAUGGUUUUGCAGUGGACCGCAUCCCGGUUCUAGGGUACACCCAUUUAUUCAGAAAAAGUUGACAAAAAUAAACCACUUUUUAAGUUGUAAGGAGGACAUCUCAGAAGCUUUUUCUGGCGGUACAUUUUGACGUAAUAUUUUCGAUGGGAAUAAAAAUUGAAAUUCUUUUUAUGUCUAUUACUUCUAUUUUGGCAGGUCGGGACGAAGUUACAUCAUUCAUGGAGACAGAUUUGUCAAUGAAAAACUGUUCAAACCAGCAGUCAACACAUUCUGUGUGUGCUAGCCAUAGUCCUUUGAACGACGCGAAUUUUGACCCAUUGGCUAGAGCCAGGGGUGUAGAUAUCAUAGGAUUUUCUCCUGAAGAUGAAGUAGAAGGGGAGAUUCUUUAUUUACAGAAUAAGCUGCUCAACACUGUUGUUGUAAUCAAGCAAAGAUGUGGUCAGAUAUCCUUCCUUUUAUUUUAUCUUUCUCAAAGUAUUUUCUUUCUUCAGCCUUUUUAAUAUAUAGCUUUUCUAAAUUCUUUUUUACUUUUUUCUAACUUGGAAACCAUUCAGAUUUUAUCGUCUUAGUGGAUUCCACAUUUCCUUUUCUAUUGAUGGAAUGAUAUUUUUUGUUUUUUAAAACUUAUCAGGACACGAAUUCUUUCAUUCAGUAUCUGUGAAUAUCAAAUCAGGUUGUCCGUAAAAUAUUCUCCCUUUAUUUAUUUCAUGAUAAAAUGGUUAGAAAUUAUUGCCUCAUCUUUGGGCGGAUGUGAGUGGAUGUGCCACAGAUUUUAGGCCAGAUGUGGGUAACUAUGUGAAAGGCGUUACCCUUUUUUUAGGCUGUUGACAUUGUUUUCGUGAUAUUGUUGUUUAACUGUAGCAAAUCAAUCGCAGUUUUUUCCUUCUGUCUUUACUUGUUGGGAUUAUUAGUGUAUGAUGCCAGUAUGAUCCCAUGUGCUAUAUUUUUUAACGUUGUUAUUUAACUUUACAGAAAAGUUGAUGCAUAGGGUUCUUAGGCGUCUUCCUGAAGAGCUUGAUUCUUUGAAGAAACGGAGAUGGGAUUUAGUGGCUGUCAACCAAUAUUUGCGUCAUCUGAAGGAAGCCAAGAAACGUGGAAGGAAGGAGAAGAGACACAAGGAAUAUCAGGCUGCACUUGCUGCUGCUGCCGCUGCUGCUAUUGAAACAUCUUCACGGGUGUCAUCCCACAGGAAGGAAACAAAUGAUGUGCUCCUCUCUUCCCAAGAGGUGAUAAUCAUAUUUUUCGGUUGUUUUAUGCAGCUGUUCAUUAUAUAUAUAAUUGGGCGUUUGGUUGCAUUCUGUGUUGUCGGUAGAUUAUUAUGAGUCAUGUGAAUCCUCAUCCGAGUUUGCUUUUUCUCUGUUUUCCUUGUUUCUUUGUCUUCUCACAUCAAGGUAACAUAUCGUUUCUGAGUUUUGGAUUUACACAAUAGGUGCUAAACAACAUCCGCAAUGUUUUUCAAUAAAUGUUGUGAAGGUUGACGCUGGAGCUGGGAGGAUUGGUACUCCGGCUUCUCAAGUGAAGGAGAUACAUUUGAAGUUAGCAACUCCAAAAGUUGCAUUGGAAAAGCAGUCUGAUAUUAAUGAAGAAUUGUGUGAUAUCUGUGGACGAGCUGAGACGAUGUUGAGCCGGAUCUUUAUUUGUGGCGGGUGCAAGGUAUUUUAAAUUCUUGAUGUUAUUCUUUUACUUUUUUGUGAUAUCUGUAACUCCUAUCUCUGUGAAUUUUUUGCAUAGGUUGCAGUCCACUUGGACUGUUACCGAAGACCUAGGAGUCCUAUAAGCUCCUGGUCUUGUGAAGUCUGUGAAGAAUCUUGUGUGGCUGAGUGCGGUCUAUGCGGUGGUACUGCUGGUGCUUUUAGAAAAACUGCAAAUGGGCAAUGGGUUCACAACCUCUGUGCAGAGGUAGUUGAGAUUAAUAUCUAUCCAGUAAUAUUUUGAAUAAACAGUCUCUCCAUUUUUUUAACUUCUCUGGGCGUGUAUGCUUGUUUGACUUCUUACGGAUUUGCACUUCAGUGGGUCCUUGAAACAACUUUCAGACGAGGACAAGAAAAUCAUGUUGAAGGAAUGGUAAGCUUUUUCUCAUGUUCAAGUUCUUUCUAUUUCUUAUAUGCACUGUCUUUGUUCCCUUAACAUCAAAAUGUCAUGUAUAUUUUCUGUACGAUUCAUGUAUUAUAACCAUCCUGGUCAUAACCAUUGUUUCCGCAUUUCCAUAAUUUGUGUUUUGUGACCAUUUGUCAGGAGGUGGCUUUGAGAGACAAGGAGUUGUUAAGUUGUGGCAUAUGCCAUCAGAAGAUUGGCGUAUGCAUAAAGGUUAGUGUUGUUGCGUGGUUUUCCAUUUUCUGGUAUUUGCCCCCUUUUUCCCACAAUGAAAUUAAUCAUAAUUUUUAAAAACUUAUAUCUUGCAGUGUAGUCAUGGAGACUGUCACGUUGCAUUUCAUCCAUUUUGUGCUAAAAGGGUUGGCCUGCUCGUGAGUGUGAGAAACAUCAAUGGGAAAGUGCAUCAUAAGGCGUAUUGUGAAAAACACGGGACUGAACAAAGACUUAAGGUUAAUAUAUCCUUUUAUAUAGGAUAAUUAUGCGAGGAUGCCUUAUGUUUUUCGUAAUAUCAUUUAUUAAUCUUUCGUUAUUCAGGCUGAUAUUCAGCAGUAUAGCACAGAGGAGCUCAGGAGCAUUAAACAGAUUCGGGUGAGAUGACGAUUUCCAAUCAUGUCUUUUACUUUGCUGAGCUCAUGCUGUUGUUUUUAGUGAAGUUAUGCAUGUGUAAUUCGUUCUUUACUUGGUUAAUGUUUUUACAAUAUAAUCAAAGGGAGGCGAAUCAACGACUAGAGUGAUAACUGAUGAUCAGAGCGUUUUGGUGAGAAGUUGCUUCAUUCUACUGUUCUUGAACAGUAAAUCUACCUUAUCAAGUUUUGAUUGACAGACUCUUUUUGUCUUUCAGACCUAGAUACGAAUGACAGAAAUAUCAGUAAUUUUCUAAAAUCUCAAUUUACAUAAGUAACUCAGUUUUGUCUGAGUCAUUUACGAGAGCUGGUGAGCAGGACCUAAACCUUAUUCUUCAUUUCGUUUGCUGAGAGAGAUCGAGAGUUGCCUCAGAAAAAGGCCCAAUUCCUCAAUAGGAAGUUGCAGUUUGGGUGAAGUAACCUUAAUUUUAUGGUUAGGUAGCCACGUGCUCAAAAUAUUUUUUUAGGAAUGAACCUUCAAUUUAUUACUGUUUUAAAUUAUAUAUAUGUAUGAAAACAGAUCCCUCUGCACCCUGGAAAUUAUAUAGACAUCUUGCUCAAUUAUUUUUUCUCAUAUGCUAUUUGGAGAAUUGUGUACUGAUAUGAGAAAGUUAUGCGAUUAAGGUUUCUGAUUUGCGCUGCCAUUUGAAAUCCCUUGGUAGGUUGAACUGGAGAAAGUCCGCCUCCUUUGUGAGAGAAUCAUCAGAAGAGAAAAGCUAAAGGUAUAUGUUUGGUUUUGCUGACUAAUGACAUCAUCUAGCGAUAUGAUUUGGGUUAAUUCAAUGCUUUGAUCCAUCAUGAUUUUACUUAAUCUUGAUUUUAUGAUUUGGACGAACUUUUGUUUUUAGAAUUUUGGAAGACGGUGCUGAAGCAUAGACAUGAAAUAAAGAAGUGCAUUACUUUUGUCAACGAAAAGCUAGUCAUUGCUUUUUUAAUGCAUGAUGCACUAAUUUAUGAUUUUUUUUGAACAAAACAUAGAAACUUAUCAGCUUUGACAAACUUUCUCAUACUGCACUCCUAUUUAUUUUUUUAGAUCCUGCAGUUUUAUAGUUCAUGGUUUCUUUACACACAGACAUCUCUGUGACUGACUUCUAUGCAAAUCUUUAAUUUCUGUUUUAUGCAAGAAUUCUGUUGUUUUUAUCUGUUUAAGCUGUAGAAUUUAAAAGACUCAGAAAGCUUCUAGUUUUAUUUUCAUGGGUUCUUCAUUUGAAUCAGUUUGAACAUGCAAAUAAAUUCGAAAAUGGCAUUGCAUUUAUUUCAAGGUGAAAAUAUCACCAUUUUCAUUUUGUUUAAAGCCCGAGUGAAACCCACCAGUCUAGAAAUAUUGUUGAUAGAUUUGGAUGCCCUAAUAUUUUACGCCAUUACAUGCUUUUCUAACGUGAUGAGUGUUUUGCAGCGAGAUCUGGUGCUCUGUUCGCAUGAUAUUCUUGCUGCAAGGAGGGAUUAUGUCGCCUUCUCAUUGCUCGUAGACUCGUCCUCCUUUGUACCUGGUGUCAGUUCAGAGUCAGCCACUACUUCUAUAAAUAACAGGUCCUACAGUGACACACUUCAAAGAUCAGAUGACGUUACAGUGGACAGCUCUGUUUCUGUCAAACGCAAGGCUAGGCUUCCUGUAAAACAGGAUCUUGACGGAAAGACAGAUGGCAGCCACACAUCCCAACUAGCUUCGGCCAGGAAGGGAGCCGAUAGAAUGGCAUCUUCUGGGAGGCCAGUCCCCAAGAGACCAGCGCCCGUCUCCUCUCACAGCUCUGUGGCCAGGGAAAAGAGGCUUAAGCCUAGGAAGGUAACUGAGAAAUAUGAUGUGUAAAGAAGCUUGAUGUCUCUUUUUGGAGAAACUUGAUGCAUUUUGACUUGGUUCUUCUCGCAGCACAUGGAGAUCUUUCAGAAGGAAGUUGUGAUGACUUCCGACCAAGCAUCAAUUCAAAAUAAGCGGUUACCCAAAGGAUUUGUAUAUGUCCCUGUUGAUUCCCUUCCAAACUCCCAUGGCGUGGAGACUCUGGAGCCACGAAGGCCGGAUGGGUAG